UGCGAAUUAACACUGCUAUGCCGGAACAGUCCAGAUCAGCGGCCCGGUGUUCCGCGGGUUCCUGCUCCAGGCCCGCCGACCCGGGAUGACCACGCCUGUCGGGACCUUCUCCAGCGCACCCACCGACACCAAGACCACGACGUGCACCGCUGCCGACAGUAGCAUGACGCACGCGAACACUAACGAAAAGCAAGACAUCACCCUGACCUGGAACGCUCCUGCUGCCGGAGCCGGUAGUGUGCAGUUUAUCGCCACUGUCGCAGAGGCGAAGGUGACGUAUUGGAUGAACAUUACGUCAACAGAAGUUACUGAAGGUUCGGCCAGCGGUGCCAGUUUCGCCAAGCCGACUUUCUACCUCAUCAUGGCUCUCUGUUUUCUGCAGGCGGCGUUUUUCCUGAAGUAGAAUCACGUUUUGGUAUUUUUUAUACAAUGAAAGUACGCCUUUUAUUAGAGUGAAUAGCAGAAUCAAAUGUAGAAUGUUUGAACGCAGUGACCACGAUCAUAUCACGUUAAACUUGAAGAACUCAGGCCUCUUGAUUUGUAUCUGUUAGUUAUGUGGCAGUAAUUACAUAUACAGCUUCUAUGAUACACCCGGUAGUGUCCAGGUUUAAUCACCCAACAUGACGGACAAUACUUACGUCACAGUCACGUAAUAUGUCAAACCAUAUAUGGUCAAUGCAAUAGAACUAGUCUGUAUACAUUUACAGAGGGAUGUAACAGUGAUUGUUUACACACAAAAUCAGCAAUUGCAAGACAGGGUCAUAUUUUCAUAGCAAGGUAUAAACACAAUACUUGAUUAUUUGUUUGUGCUUUUGUCUGUUUAUUUUUAAUUAGCAAAUGUAUACCUGAUGCAGUACCGAGCGCUUCGAGUGAAGGCGCUCUUCGGAGCACCUGCGAUGUUAUCAAUAAUCAAGGACGUUAUAUGCAGUCCUUGUAAAAUGAAUAAAUAAUGAAUUAGUGUAGCGACAUA